AGGACAGCAGAUCAAUCAAAAUAAUGACAGAAUCACAGAGGAUAAAGUUCAUUUCAAUAUAAUAUACGAGUUAUGUUUACAAGAACUUUGCAAUGUUUCUUCAACGAUUCACUAGACUCCUGGCAAACCUAUGUUGCAGCCGUCAAAACUCAAAACAUCGAGCAAGACACUUUGUUGCUCAAAUUCUGGCCGUUCGAUGAAGACAAAUCAGGAGGGAUACCAAAAACUGAGCUUGAGAGUAAUUUUACUUCGUGUAAUCAGGAUCCCGACACGUGUAAUCAGGAUCCCGACACGUGUAAUCAGGAUCCCGACACGUGUAAUCAGGAUCCCGACACGUGCUCAACGUUGGGGGAAUGUGUGCAGGAAUGUGUACAGGAAUGUGUGUCUAUUAGGAACCUUGUAGUGGGGGUUCGGACUCAAGAACAUUUCAUGGGAAGUGUCCUAUCUUCAGAAGUACCACAGAAUUGUGAGGGUAUGUACCUGAUAGCGACUCCUACAAAGAUUAUUAACUGUAAGGGAGUAGGUGCAGAAGAUCUGACUCGAAAAAUUCUCAGCCUCAGGUUACAUCAGCAAAAUACCACGCUAGACAAGAUAUUUUACGUGUGUACGGAUAUUGGUGAGGUUGAUGUAGAUGAAACAGAGUUUCUGCUAGCAGUUACUCCUUCGGAAGUGAGCGUGAUCUCACUCUACCGUAGCUGCAUCACCAGAUCUCUACCUUUUACCAAGAUAAGAACGUAUCACAGGGACUCAACCUAUCCCAACACAAUACUAUUAGAGGUUGGCAGGAUGAAGGAUGGUAACCGAACAUAUUCCUUCCGGUCUGAGAGGGCGGGAGAAUUCAUCACAGCUUUAAGAGACCAGAUUAAGAUAAUUUCAAAUCUUGUUGAGAUCAGACGGAACACUAUUGCUAGAGAUCACACGGUUAACCAGGCACUAGUGAGUGGACUUGAUUCAGCGAAUAUAAUGGCCCACUCAGAAUGUGUUCAAGCGGACAAUUGUUCUCCACAAAGCAUUUCUGCAUUAGUUCCUCGAAGAGCGAGAGGGGGAGUUUGGAGUGGGCUGGCGAAAUUGUGCGACCAACACUUCAGGAUAGAGGAAGAGAUAGAGGAAGAGAUAGAGGAAGAGAUAGAGAAAGAGAUAGAGGAAGAGAUAGAGGAAGAGAUAUUAUAUAAAUAA